AGGGUCUGGGCGCGUAGGAGGUGAUGAGCCCUCUGGGUGUUGUAUGGAGGCGCUCAUAUGGGUUUGGGAUCCGCUGGAUGCCCAGGGAGGGCCCCGCUCUAGGAACCGGAGCUAUGGCAAAGCCUGGACAUGCCUGGAGCCGUCCUAAAUCGCAGGAGGAAGAGGAGGAGGAUCCAGUGGAGGCCAUGGUGUCACGGACGGGCUGUGCAGAGCAGCACUGGGCACUGCAGGAGUGCAUGGCAGAGCAGCGGGACUGGCGGCGCUGCCAGGCUCAGGUCCAGGCCUUCCGGCAGUGCAUGGCCCGGCAGCAGCGCCCACACCCUGAGGAGCUGCACCCCAACCCACCCCAAUGCUCCCCCCAUGGAGAUUGAAGCUCCCAGGACUGAACCUCCAGGAGGGACACUGCACCAGGCACCCUGACAGCUCUAUCAGUCCCCCAGAGAUGUGGGCUGUGCUAUGGGACACAUAUCCUGUUAUUUUUCCUAUUUUUUUUUUUAAAGUGGAUUGUUAUCUUGCUUCAAUCAUCUUCAUUUUAAGCCAGGAAAUUAAAUGUGAUGGCAUUUCUCCUA